GCGUACAUGUCCAAAACUCAGAAGUCUCAACUUGGUACAAUUUCCCCUUUCAAAAACCGAAAUAAACCCUAAACCAGAGAACCAAGUGAGAUUUCGCAGACAAGAAUGCAAACUCCACGAACACUUGCCAACAUUUACACCAAAAAGGUGAUCUUCUCCUCCCGAUACAGUAAUCUAACUCCAUCACAGUAUCGUUCGAUUUCCUCCACGACGCCACUCAACUCAUGGAUGGACAAGGUCAAAGGGGUUUUUACCGGGAACAAAACCUCCUUAGAUGAACCAGAAAUCAGCUCCGAAUCAUUCACUCUACUUAAAUUUGCUGAUGGACUGAAGACUGCAAGGAGGUUAGGGACAUUCAAGCAAUAUAUGGUGGGUCGAAGCAGCGAAGCAACAUUUUCUGAUGCUUUUGAAAAGUCUGAGGCAAUUCUUCGAUAUCUUGGAGGCAUUGAUCCUACAGGAGAGAACCUCAAAAGCAAUCAAAAACAAGAAGCAGCAAAAUGUUUUAAUUGCACAGUGGCUGACGUGGAGAAUGCACUUGCAAAGUUUACUUGGGCUAAAGAAGCACAAAAAAAGGUAGAGGACUUAAAGAAAGAAGGAAAACCAAUGCCAAAGAGCUUCGGUGAGGUACAAAAGCUGAUGGGGUCAACUCCAUUGGAUCUUGCUAGGUCUAAUUUGGCCAAGAGUGGGCAGAUCAGUCGGAAUGCACUUUGUCCAUGUGGUUCCAAGAAGAGAUACAAGCGGUGCUGUGGCAAGGAUUAGGAAAUACAAUGGAAGAAGAGAACUAGAUAACGCAGGCCUGGGUUAGAGGGAGAGCUUCUCAAAGAUGCUGGAGCCAGCAACUUCUCGAAAUUGAUGAUUCAAUAAAGUGCAAUUCUUUUUAAUUUUCCUUUUAUUUUUCGUCAAAUAAUUUUGAGCAGGAUGAAUUUGCCUUUUGUAAGGAACAGCUCUUUUUAUGCGAGUUGUAGAGGGGUAAAUCGACUUUUGCAGGUAUUCGUUCAACAUUAUGUUGUUGCUGAGACAGUGAUAGAGCAAUGUGGAUCGUAACAAUCCUUGAUUCAAUUCUCAGAUUGGAUUUUCCCACCA